AUGCCGUAUUUAGCCCACAUCUCCCUUAUUGUUCGAGAUUAUGACGAAGCGAUAGAGUUCUACACACGCUUGGGCUUCGAACUCAUAGAGGACACUACUAUACCGGAGCAACAAAAAAGAUGGGUCGUUAUCCGCCCACCAGUGACCAGUUCUUCAACUACCAUGGGUGGUCUCAUACCACAGCGAGAUUCCCAUUCCAGUAGUGAAGGACAGUCUCAAGGCGCGACAAUUCUGCUCGCGCGAGCAAGCAACGCCGAACAAGAAAAGUUCAUUGGCAAUCAGGCAGGAGGAAGAGUAUUCUUGUUCUUGGUAACCGAUGAUUUUGAAAGGGAUUUCAAACACUUUUCGGAAAUGGGCGUGCAAUGGGUGCGACAACCGAAAGUCGAGUCAUACGGAAGGGUUGCCGUCUGGAGAGAUCUUUACGGCAACCUCUGGGAUCUUAUUCAGUACUCCUAA